AUGAACGUUGUUUGUGGCGUUGGAGAUGCGAACAACAUUGUAUUGCGAGCAGUGCUAAUGCAAACGAACUACAAACAAACAAUACCACAGUUCUUGGUUGUGUGGGUUCUGAUACGUGUGUUGUUGUUUAUGGAGUGCCCUCAUUUGUGUGUGCGCCAAAAUAGCUGGUGGACGUCUUGUAGGCCUCUCUUUUUGCGUAUUUAUUGCUCUCUUAUGUGUGGUGUUACUUGGACCGUCUUUGGAGGUGGUGUUUGGUUUCUUCGUCGGUGUCGUGUUCGUGGAUUAACCGCGUAUUUGGAGAGGGUGGUGUUUCUUCAAGUACUUUGUUUGAAAAGUGGGGGAGGAGGUGUUACUCGUUAUCGGCGUCUGUAA